GUGAAAUAAAACGACUGACACGCAAGAUCAGAGUCAGACAGCAAGAGAGAACACACCAACAGACAGCACGUGAAAUCCGAGAAAUCUUCACUCUGUACUGAAUAUAUUUUCAACAUGGAUGGGUCAAAUGUAAGGAGGAUUGUCCUGCUGGGUAAAACAGGCUCCGGGAAGAGCAGCCUUGGAAACACCAUACUAGGAGACAGUCUACUGAAAGUCAAAACUUCUCCUAAGUCUGAAACAAAUGAAUGUCAUGCAGAAUCCAAAAUGAUCAAUGGUAAACGCGUCCAUGUGAUUGAUACUCCUGGAUUCUUUGACACAAACAUGUCUGAAGAGGAGCUGAAGCGUGAGAUACUGAAGUGUAUGGCAGAAUGUGCUCCUGGUCCUCACGCUUUUCUCAUUGUGCUGAAAGUGGACAGGUACACAGACCAGGAGAAAGAAGUCAUCAACAAAAUACUGGAGUGUUUCUCAGAGAAAGCUCUCCAGCAUGCUGUAGUUGUCUUCACACGUGGAGACCAGCUGGAGGAAGGAAUGACAAUUAAGGACUUUGUCGGAAACAGUGUGGAGCUGAGUGAUCUGGUGAAUAAGUGUGGACGCAGGUGCCAUGUUGUUGAUAAUAAAUACUGGAAGAACAACAACCCUGGUGACUACCGGAGCAACCAGUUCCAGGUGGGACGGCUUCUCAACACCAUAGAAAGAAUGAAAAAGGAAAAAGGAAUCUACACCAAUGACGUGCUUCAGAAAGUGGAGGAGGUGAAAGGGAAAAGUAAGGAGAACAUUGUCGAGAGACUUAUGGUCAUGUUUGCAAGUGUAACAGUUGGAGCACUGCUGGGGGCAUUUUUUGGUGCACGUGCAUUACCACAGUUUGCAACAGCUGGUGCAGUAGUGGGAGCAAUAGGGGGAGGCAUUUUAGGAAGUAGUAUUGGAAUGAUGUCAUCAACACCACGGGAAGCUGUGCAGAAGACCAUGGAUCUAGUCAGGGAAAUGAAGAAAAACAUUUGAUGAUUUCAACAAUGAAGAAAAUAGAAAGAAGAAGAGCAGUAUAUCUGAACAGACACAUUACUGAAUCAGUGUAUCACGGUGUAUGAAUAAAAGGUUGGGUUUAAUCAGAAGCACUGGUUUUUGAUAGUUUCUUUAUAAUCACAUGUUAUAGAGUGAUGUGUUAUUUUAGGCCAUCAAUUAGACUAAGGUGUUGAAAGAUAGAAAUGAUUUUAUACUGUUUUAUGAAAACCUGCUCAUUUAACAUGAAGGACAUGUAACAUUUUAAAUAAAACGAGUAAAACU